CUUUGACUGCGUUUGCCUGCACAGGGAGAGCACAGCUUGACUUCUGUGCUGACUCCAUUGGACUGUCUCUUGCUGCUGCAGUCAUUCGGGGGAGAAUGACAGUGACCGAGAAGAGCUGUGCCUGGCUCACGAGCACACACGCAGCUGAGUGGGCUGGUCCUUCCUGCCCGGGCUGGCUGUGCCAAUGCAGCUGAGACACAGUAGUUUAUCAUUAACUCCAACAGAGGCAGCAGGAAACGCAACAGCAACAGCAGCACCCAGAGAAGCUCCAAGAGCAAAAUCCCUGAUUAAUCAGCAGGGGAGCUUUCACGUGAUCAGCUCACUCACUGCACAGAGUUUCUGUAACAAACCAACCUGAUACCCAUGCCACAGCAUGGCCUGUGCUAGCGUCUGAUCCAAAGGUCCUUGCAGUCAAUGGAAAGAAUGCUAAUAAGCUUGGAUAAGGCUAUGGAGCAGCAGGCAGGAUUCCAGCUGAUUAAAGUGGAAUUAGAAGCUGUGUUAAUAACGACCCUGAUCCAAAAGGAAUGUACACAAAGGCAGCAAGGUGGAAGAGCAGCCCGAUCACCUGUGUCACUGAUGGGCGUCAUCCUAGAUUCCUGGGCCCAAUUUUGAAAGCAGCUUUGGCACUUGUUUGCAAACAAAUACCCUAAUUCAGUGGAGGCCAACAUUUUUGGCUGCUUUGCCAAGAAUCCUGAAAAGAUAAAUCCUUGUUUAUACAUCAUAUUGGAAUGUGGAGUAUCAUGAUAUCACCCGAAGAAUGAUCCAAGCAUUAUCUCUACACUAGACUGAGACUGCACUCGACUGACACCCAAACUGGGUUGUUGGACUUCUGGUUACUGCCAGUCUCGGCUAGAUGCAGAAGCCUCCUGCUGACAUGGCAAGCUCCGGCAGCGAUGAGCCUCCAGCUUCAGAGACAGAGCCAGAGAUACCAGGGGCUGAAUGCUCCAUCUAUGAAGAGGUGAUAUGGCUUGAUAAAACAGAGCAGAACCAAAGACUGGCAGUGGAAGAGCUGAUCAAGACAGAGGCCAGCUAUGUCCACACCAUCCAGCUGUGUGUGUCGGAUAUACGGGCCCACCUCCAGCAAAAGCAGCUGCCUGAUCUGGACCUGGAAGGGCUUUUCUCAAACAUUGAUGAUGUCCUGCAUGUCUCCAGACGUUUCCUGAAAAGGCUGGAGGCUGCAGUCAGCCACACUGAGCAGCUGAACCAGAUCAGUGCCUUGUUUCAGGAGUUCAAGGAAAAGAUGGAGAGUGUCUAUAAGGUCUACUGUGCCAGCUACGAGCAGGCCCUGUUGCUUGUGGAAAGUUACAGGAAAGACCCACGGUUGCAGCAGGAGAUCCUAGACACCCUGAAUACAAUGGUACCUCACACUGGUGCUUCGGACCUGAGCUUCUUCCUGGUAAUGCCAGUCCAGCGGGUCACCAAGUAUGCGCUGUUGCUGCAGAAAAUCCUGGAGAACACAUCACCCAGUGAUGGUGCCUACCCUGCCCUGCAGAGCGCAACCAAUGCCAUGCUGGAGGUCAGCGCCAACAUCAAUGAGUACAAAAGGCGCAAGGAAGUAGCUUUCAAAUACAACAAGGCUGAGCAGCUGACACUACGGGAGCGCCUCGCUCGGCUCAACACACACUCCAUCGCCAAGAAGACCACACGUCUGAGCCGGCUCUUCAUGCAUGAAGCCGGCAUUGUGCCCAAGACAGAAGACAAAGAGUAUGAUGAUCUGGAAGAAAAAUUCCAGUGCCUGGCCUCCGGUGUGACCAUGUUGAAGGAGAACAUGGGCUCUUACCUGAACAAUUUAGCGGUGUUCCUCAUUUCCAAACCACAUGAGUGUGAGCUAGAAAUUGAAGAGGGAGCUGUCCAGCAAUAUCGCCGCCUUGCAGGAAACCUGCACCUCACCAUCUUCCCAGAGUUUAGGAGACGGCUGAACCGGGUGGUCUAUCAGCCACUCUGCAGCCUGACAGAUGCUCUAAAGGGGCCACAACAGCUGAUCAAGAAGCGCCUAGACAAGCUGCUUGACUAUGAGGAGAUCCAGGAGCGGAAGAGUGAGACAGGCAGUGUGACUUAUGAUGAAGAAGCUGCUAUGAACACCUACCUUGCCAUCAAUGCCCUGCUCAUGUCUGAGCUCCCCAGGUUUAAUCAGGUGGCCCUGCAGUUGCUGGGGCAGAUACUGAACUCACUUGUAGCCCUUCAAAGGGAGUGGGCCAAGAAGGUGCUGGAAGAGACUACAAGGGAGUUGGCGCAGCUGCCGCACAGCCACCUUCCCCUCCCUACUUUCUGGAAGAUGGUGGAAGACACAUUACGCCAGUCUGGCACCCAGCUUCAUGCCUUCUGCCAGAAGUUCGAGACAGUCAUGCCAAGCCCUCUGGUACAGUCUCUGAGCCCUGCGGAGGAGCGGAGGGUCCUUUCACUUGUGAGCAAACACAGUCCAGACAAGCUCUACCAAGUGAUAAGCAACAUCAGUGGCAGCAAAGACCUGGACCUGACCCUGCAGAGGGGACAGAUUGUGGCUCUCUUGCAUGGCAUGGACACUAAGGGCAACACUAACAGAUGGCUGGUGGAUGCUGGAGGUCCCCGAGGAUACGUCCCUGCUGGAAAACUCCAACCCUAUCACCUGGACCAAAGCCAAAAGCCCAGGAUGCAGAUGCUGGCCCCAGAUGACAGGGCUGAGAGAAGACGACACUCUUACACCUUCCCCGAAGCUCCCAGGCCUCCAGUUCCCAUUGUCACACCGGCUUCCCAGGUGGUCGCCGGUUUCUCGUUCGCAGCCAGGAGCCCCCAGGAGGUCAGCCUCCAGGCAGGGCAGCCGGUGGCAGUGCUGGAACCUCAUGAUAAGAAGGGCAGUAAGGACUGGAGCCUGGUGGAAGUUAAUGGACAGAGGGGCUAUGUUCCUUCCAGUUACCUGGUGAUGGUUCCUCCCUGGGAGCCACUGGGGUGGAGCUUGCCUGCUUGGUCUCCACCAACUCAGCAAACAUAAAGCCCAUAGGGAUGCUCAGAUUCAGAACUGAGCUGUUCAUCCCCCUGCUGACCUGGUUCCCCCCAGUGAGGCUUGCUGUGCAGGGAGGGGACCCAGGGAGUGAUAUGGCAGGGGGACG